AAUGUAUUGUAGGAAAACAUUGUUUCUAAAAAUAAGAAAAGUGUAUCCUUUUGGAAAAAGUGAACAAUUUUUGUCUAACUCAAAGCUUAUUUAAAGGUUAUGUAUAAAACAAGGUAAAAGAAACUAGGAAAUAAGAGAGAUGUACAGAAAGUUAUAAAAUGAAGAGAGGUUUUUUUUGUAAGAAAGUUUAAAGAGAAAUAAUUUCAUAUGAGAAGUCUUUUAUGAUAAAUUUAGUCCUAGAAUAUAAUGACAGGUUGUUUAAGAGGGAGGGAUGUUCAGGACAAACAAUUGAAGCACAUCAGGAAUGGUCUUUGUAAGUCACAAUAAGAGGAUUUAUGAAAAAAAGAAAACAAAAAACUUUUAUAUGAUCAAGUUGUCUAUAAUUAAAGAGAAAUUAUAAUGGUCUCUAUGGAGAUUGGGCUUGAUGUAAAAUAGAAACACACUUAUACACUACAUAAUUGGUUAGAACAGUGAAACUUUCUUAAGUGAUUUACUCUUCAUAAAUUAUAAGAUAUUUUAAUUUUUUUAACACAAAGGUCAACUUUUAUUGUAUCUUGCUGUUUUCCUUUUUUUUUUUUUUUUUUGAGAUGGAGUUUCACUCUUGUUACCCAGACUGGAGUGCAAUGGUGCUAUCUCGGCUCAUCGCAACCUCUGCCUCCUGGGUUCAGGCAAUUCUUCUGCCUCAGCCUCCUGAAUAGCUAGGACUACAGGCACACGCCACCAUGCCCAGCUAAUUUUUGUAUUUUUAGUAGAGACGGGGUUUCACCUUGUUGACCAGGAUGGUCUCGAUCUCUUGACCUUGUGAUCCACCUGCCUCGGCCUCCCAAAGUGCUGGGAUUAUAGGCGUGAGCCACUGCAUCCGGCCUGUUUUCCAUUUUUUAAUCCCCUUUUCAAGGGCACAAAAUAGUAAUACUCUCCUUCAACUCAUAUUCAGCUCAUAUAAGACUUCCAUGGGUUCUGUUUGUUGUGGCCUGAUACAAAUAAUGUUUUCUUAAAAGUGUAAAGGAAAUGUUUUUAUAUAGCAUAAUAUUCUGUACAGUGCAGAAGACCUUUUUUUUUGCCUUUAGGUUACUGGCCUAACAGAUUUUAUAUUUUAUUGAAACAAUUUAUAUGCCAUUAUUAUUAAGUUUUGGUUUGCUUUGAAAAAACUGAGAUUAAUUUUUUUUAAAUUAAAGUUGUUACAUCCAUGCAUCUCUCUAUAUGUGCUUUUAAAUUCAUUGUGACAUUGAGUUACAGGGCUUUGACUCCUGGGUCUAAAAAGGACACCAAGUCCUGCUAAAUGUUAAACACUGACAAUAACUAAAGCCUCAUCUUCAGGCCUGAUAGAAGAUUUCAAUCAAAACAAACUGAAUUCUUGAGACACAGGGCCAGAAAUUAAAGCUGUUUCACUCCUCAAGGCCCAGGGACUAUUCGCAAAAGGGGUGGGCAUGUGAGAUUAUAAAGGCCAAUUUUGAGAGAGAAAAUAAAUUCAGUUUCUCUGUAAAUUAAUCAUUAAUGUCAAAGACACACUGAUGCAAGACAAGCAUAUAGGCUCCUGUGUCAGAUUAUCAAGGUUUUCUUCAAGCAUUAACCAACUUCUUAAUAAAGGUUUUAAACGUUAUAAAAGACUUAUAGAAGUUAUAGUUUAUGGUCAACAUUAAAAUUGUACAGAUUGUUUAUAGAAGUUUGAAAAACAAACGUAAUUGGCUUCAUGCUGUUUUGAUUAGGGCUUAUUGUUUAGAAAAUUAAGUCUCCUCUCUCAAAUAAUGAAUAUUUCUGCAUUUUUUGAAAUCCUUGAGUUAUACCUGUGGUCAAAUGAAUGACUUAUUUUCCAAUGACCUGUGAUCCUAUUUUGUGAUAUCAAGUGUUAAACCUUUGAUAUUUGACAAACUUUCCAAAAUCAAAUUAUAAAUAAUGUCUUUUCUAACCUAAUUAAUCCUUUAACAUAUUAGAUUCCCUAAAGACCAAAAAUGACAUAAUUGAGCUUAUUCAUUAUAAAAAUUAUACAGGAAGCAUUGUCAGAUAUGAAAUGGUGUUUGGCUAUCUUUGGGCUGUAUUUGUAUAAAUAUGUUACUGGUACGUGUUCCAAAAUUAUGGGAAACUCUUAAAACUCUGAUAUGAUUUAGUGUACAUUAUCAGUAUUAAUUAUAAUUGGUGUUAAAUUAUUGUCUGCCACAGAGGUCACAUAUUUUCUUGUCAAUUUUGUCUUUAACUAUGGCUGCCCUAAAACUUUUUGUCAUCCGUGGUCAAUUGUUGUUUUGUCUUGAUCCUCUUUGGCAGGUGUUUUUAAAUCAGUGUAAAACUCUAGCAGGUGCUUUUGAAUGCAGGUUUCUGAUGACUUUAGAGGCUAUGGCAUCAGAAUAGAGGAAAAACUUUCAGGACUCAUGGAGAGCUGAAAUGUUCAUAAAUAUCAAGCAAAACAGGAAUUAACUGUAUGGACUGAACUAAUAGAAGACUGAAAUAAUCUUAACUUUUUGCGUAAAACAUUGCUGAUUUUUUUUUGUUUUUCAGAGUCAAAGAAACCUUUCUUUUGAGCUAUUGACAGCUUUUAAACAAUUUAGUGUACACCUAUGAACAAAACUUGGAGCAUAUUUGUUUCUCUCUACCUGAUUUCUCCAGAAUUGGAAGCUAUUUAGUUUUGGAGGCAGAGAAGUCCAAGAUCAAACCACAGGGAGACUUGUUGUCUGGAUCUUGCUUUGUUACCAAGGCUGGAGUACAGUGGCAUCAACUCAGCUCACUGCAGCUUUCAUUUCCCAGGCUCAAGAGAUCCUCCCACCUCAGCUUUUAGGAAAAUGGGGUGAAUGAUUCCUAUUCUGAUUAUCCAAAUGGUUUCUUAUCAAACUCACAUGAAAAAAUAAAUAUGACAGUGGGAAGAUGGCGCUGUAGGACCAACUCUGGAUUGCAGCUCCCAGUGAAACUGCAGAUGUCAAUUCUACUUAAAAAGAACUCAUGUAGGGAUAAGAAAUGAAAAUGGAAACCAAUGGUGCAGCUACCGUCUCUUGUUUGAGAACUUAUUUUCUGAGAAUCGGAAGACUUACAGUUGCAGGAGUGUCCAAUACUUCGUUUCUAUUUUGUUAUGGAAAAAUUUGUAGAGAUAAUUCACGAGAAGUGGCUGAAUCUCACAUACAUUUGGAAAGGUUCUGCUCCUCCUUGUGAAAAACUCAGGUGUUCCGGGUAACCACAUAGUGUAUAAAGCCCCUCACUGCACUAGUGACAAUUCUGUAACCCAGAAGCCGAGGAGAGAAUUGUCUUUGUGUUCAUUUCGAGAGACAACAUCAAGAUAUUAAAUCUUGAAGAAAUGGCGUUCGUUUGCUUGGCUGCCGGAUGCUUAUAUAACUUUCUGAUAAGCACAACAUUUGGCUAUACUUUAUCUUCAGACACCAAGAUAGAAGGUUACCCUCCUCAGGAUUUUGAGAUAGUGGAUCCUGGAUAUUUAGGUUAUCUCUAUUUGCAAUGGCAACCCCCACUGUCUCUGGAUAAUUUUAAGGAAUGCACAGUGGAAUAUGAACUAAAAUACCGAAACAUUGGUAGUGAAACAUGGACAACCAUCAUUACUAAGAAUCUACAUUACAAAGAUGGGUUUGAUCUUAACAAGGCCGUUGAAGCAAAGAUACGUACACUUUUACCACGACAAUGUACAAAUGGAUCAGAAGUUCAAAGUUCCUGGGCGGAAACUACUUAUUGGAUAUCUCCACAAGGAAUUCCGGAAACUAAAGUUCAGGAUAUGGAUUGUGUAUAUUACAAUUGGCAAUAUUUACUCUGUUCUUGGAAACCUGGCAUAGGUGUACUUCUUGAUACCAAUUACAACUUGUUUUACUGGUAUGAGGGUUUAGAUCGUGCAUUACAGUGUGUUGAUUACAUCAAGGCUGAUGGACAAAAUAUUGGAUGCAGAUUUCCCUAUUUGGAGUCAUCAGACUAUAAAGAUUUCUAUAUUUGUGUUAAUGGAUCAUCAGAAGACGAGCCUAUCAGAUCCAGUUAUUUCAUUUUUCAGCUUCAAAAUAUAGUUAAACCUUUGCCACCAGGCUAUCUUACUCUUACUCGGGAGAGUUUAUAUGAAGUUCAGUUGAAAUGGAGCAUACCUUUUGGACCUAUUCCGGCAAGGUGUUUCAUUUAUGAAAUUGAGAUCAUAGAAGAUGAUACUACCUUGGUGACUAUUACAGUUGAAAAUGAAACGUACACCUUGAAAACAACAAAUGAAACCCGACAAUUAUGCUUUUUAGUAAGAAGCAAAGUGAAUAUGUAUUGCUCAGAUGAUGGAAUUUGGAGUGAGUGGAGUGAUAAACAAUGCUGGGAAGGUGAAGACCUAUUGAAAAAAGCUUUGCUACUUUUCUUGGUACCACUUGGUUUUAUCUCAAUAUUUGUUGUAUUUAUAACUGGUCUACUUUUGAAUAAGCCAAACACCUCCUUAGAAAUGAAUUUUUCCAUGAUGAAUGAAGAGUUCAUGUUUCAAGAGACAUGCUAUUGACUCACCAGUUUCCAGUCAUGGCCAAAUGUUAAAUACGAGUCUCAAUAAAGUGAAUUUUUCCUGCAAA